AUGUCAAGUAUUAUAGAUACAUUUGUUGGUAAUGAGGAUAUAAGUGGUGUAGUUAUUGAAAAGUUUCCAGAUCAACCUCCAAAUAUGGUUAGAGUUGUGAUUGUAACAAAUGUUAAUAGCUAUACCAAAAAUUUAACAAUCCAUGUAAAUAAAGAUAGAGUCUAUACAGUUUAUUGUGGUUAUAGAAAUGGAAUACCAUUUAGAGGUGGUGGUACAAAAUAUAAUCAAGUUAGUUUUGAAAUUGAUGAUACAAGACCAAAUAUUUUAUUUUCAUUUUGGAAAGCAAGAAAUUUUGGUUUAUUAGAACGUGUUACUGAAAGAAAUUAUUCAGUGUCAUCAAUUCAAGGAAAUACUUUAAUUAUUUCUUGGCCAAAUAGAAAUAAUCCAAGACAAUUUGAAUUAAAACAAAAUCGUCAUACUCCCUCUCAAUUAGGAUUAAAUCUUACAAAUUAA